AUGAAUGCUCACGACUACAAUGAAGAUGAACGCCGACAGCUCGAAGAGGAGCUUCACACGGAGAUCCUUCCUGGCACGGAGGUUAUGACAGAUGUUGGCUCACAUCAUUUCGUCAAGGGUACACAUCGCGAGGUCCUCGUUCCACAACCUAGUGAUGAUCCAAAUGACCCACUGAACUGGAGCACUGGGUGGAAGCUAGCAUGUAUCAUCUCAGCAUCUAUGGUCACGUUUACGCAAGGAUUUGGUCCGUUAGCUCUUGCACCUAUGUUUCCCGCACUCAUCGAAGCUUUCGAGACCGACCUGGCGGGAGCAGUGCAAUUCACUGGCGUGUGUAUCUUGGUACUCGGAUUCAGCAACUUCAUCUGGGUACCGAUCAGCACGUCUUUCGGUCGUCGGCCCGUCUAUCUCGCGUCCCAGCUUAUCAACAUUGGUACCUCAAUAUGGCGUGCCAAGUCCAACUCUUACAACUCCUUCAUGGGCGCCUGCAUUGUUAAUGGUAUCGGCGCUGGACCGGCUGAGACUAUCAUGCCGGAAGUCAUCGCCGACGUCUUUUUCUUGCACGACCGCGGAAAGUGGAACACUCUGUACUGGGUCGUGUACAUGGGCUCGCUCAUGGUUGGUCCUAUUGUGUCAGGAUCGAUGACCGAAACAGUCGGCUGGCGCAGUUUUUGGUGGCUCAACACUGGCAUCCUGGUCCUUUCGUUCUUGAUGGUAGUGUUCAUGUUUCCUGAAACAAGGUUCAAGCGUGCUUUACCUGAGCACGUUGGGCAGAAGCAAGCCAACUCGCUUGAAGAGAAGACGAAAGCGACCACCCGGGAAGAAGUCAACAACUCUGAUUCUGAGAAAGAGACAAAUCAAAUCCAACACAUCAACACCGCCAACUCUGUUCUUCCUAGUACUGCCGGCCUGGAAAUGUCCGAGACUGCACAGCGCGAUCCCUUCCUGGGACGUGGCAAGCCUGGCAAAUGGCAAUGGAAGAUGUUCCAACCGAACGCCCACCCGUUCCGUUCCAUCUUUCUCGACCUUUGGAUUCCUUGGAAGUUGUUCGCCUUCCCCAUUGUCGAAUUCGCCGCUUUUGUUGUCAGUUGGUCAUGCUCCAGCUUUCUCACAAUCAACCUUACACAGAGUCAAGUCCUGUCCUUGCCACCGUACAACUUCAAGCCCAUGACUGUCGGAUUCACCAACUUUGCUGUUAUGGUCGGUGCCUUCAUCGGACUAUUCACAGCUGGUCCACUCAGUGAUUGGGUAUCUGCGAGAAGUACCCGGAAGAACAAUGGGAUUCGUGAGCCUGAGAUGCGCUUGCCAGCCAUGAUACCCUAUGUCAUCAUAAUGCUUAUUGGCAACAUUGUCGUAGCCAUAGGCUACGAGCGCAAGUGGCCCUGGGAGGCCAUCAUUAUUAUCGGGUACACCUGUGCUGGAAUCCAAGUCGCAGCUCUACCCGGUAUCGUCAGUACAUAUGCCAUCGACUCCUACAAGCCUGUAGCUGGGUCUUUGAUGGUUGCUGUCACUGUAAACAAGAAUGUUUGGGGCUAUGGCUUUGGCAAGUUCAUCACGCCUUGGAGUGAGGAGGCUGGAUUUAUCUCACCCAUCAUGACGAACGCGGCUUUGAUCACGCUAUGGUGCUUAUUUGGUAUACUGUUCUGGAAGAAAGGCAAGACGUUCCGUCGCUGGAGCAAGGAUAGCAGCGUACACCGACAAGGCGGUCUGUAG